AUGCAGUUACUGUUGAGGGGGAGCACACUUGUGCUGCUCACUACCGUGUUAGCGUUGGUGUUGGGGGCGGCCCAGGCGGACAUUUCCACCCUUCUGCGCGGCGGUUACUCGAACAACAACAUCCUGCAAGCCGAUGGAUACCACUACGAUAAGCCGAAGGUCCCGUUCGAGGAGCCACCGCGCAAGUGUGCGGCAUCGGAACAGAACCCGGACGGAAGCUGCGGCUACGACUAUCCGAAACCGGAUCAAUCGUUUACGCUGCCCAACGAGUAUCUUCCACCGACGACCACGACCACCCGUAGGACAACGACGACAACACGUCCCACAACGACGACGACGAGAAGAACGACGACCACAACGCGUCCUACAACAACGGUAAGCGAGAGAGUGGAUUUAUUAUUAUGAGAAGAUUGUGAACGAUACCUUAGGUUGCCCUUUACAAAAGUCUUGACAAGCCUAGGAAAGGAUGAAAUAAUGUAUUUUUCUUUAAACUAUUAGACAACCCGCCGAACCACCACCACAACGAGGCCUACAACGACCACAACUCGUAGAACAACGACUCCGCGGCUCGUAACGACGACCAAGUGUCCACCGUCCGCUCAGAAUCCUGAUGGCAGCUGUGGCUACGAUUACCCCAAGCCAGAUCAAUCAUUCACUCUACCGAACCGAGUGUCUACCACCACAACUACCAGAAGACCACCUACGACAACGCGUCUUGUGACCACCACAAAGUUGUCCACCACCACAACCACCCGAAGACCGCCAACGACAACACGUCUAGUGACCACCACAAAGUGUCCACCAUCGGCCCAGAACCCGGACGGAAGCUGUGGCUACGAUUAUCCGAAGCCGGAUCAGUCCUUCACACUUCCUAAUCGUGUGUCGACCACAACGCCGAGGCCUACGACCACAACUCGUCGAACGACGACCACCACGAGACCAACGACGACGACAACUCGUCGAACCACGACUACAACGCGUCCGACCACUAGAACCACGCAGCGGAUCGUGACGACCACCAAGUGUGCCCCUUCAGCUCAGAAUCCUGACGGAAGCUGCGGCUAUGACUAUCCGAAACCGGAUCAAUCGUUUACCCUGCCAAACCGGGUUUCUACGACAACAACGCGUCCUACGACGACCACCCGACGAACAACAACCACCACCCGUAGGACGACGCCUCCACAGGAAUAUCUUCCACCAACGACAACCACCAGACGUACGACCACCACAACUCGCCCAACAACAACGACGACUCGUCGUACAACAACCACCACCCGGCGACCACCAACUACAACCACUCCUCGGCGUGUGACUACAACCAAGUGUCCACCGUCGGCUCAAAACCCAGAUGGAAGCUGUGGCUACGACUAUCCCAAGCCGGAUCAAUCCUUCACUCUCCCGAACCGAGUUUCUACUACCACAACAAGCCGUAGGACAACGCCAGCGCAGGAGUAUUUGCCUCCAACGACAACUACGCGCCGGACAACAACCACUACCCGUCCAACAACCACUACCACUCGUCGUACAACGACCACAACGCGGCCUACAACAACGACCACUCGAAGGACCACGACAACUACUCGUCCCACAACCAGGACGACGCCGCGUAUUGUAACUACAACCAAGUGUCCCCCUUCAUCUCGGAAUCCGGAUGGAAGCUGCGGCUAUGAUUAUCCUAAACCGGAUGAGUCUUUCACUCUACCGAACCGUGUUUCAACAACUACCACACGAAGACCAACGACGACUACACGUCGUAUUACAACGACUACGCGAAGGACUACUCCUGCCCAGGAAUACCUGCCACCAACGACCACAACUCGUCGUACGACAACACGUCCCACUACGACAACCCGUCGUACCACCACAACCACGCGUCCGACGACGACGACUACGAGAAGAACUACAACAACGACGAGACCGACGACCAGAACAACGCCAAGAAUCGUAACUACCACUAAGUGUCCCCCAUCGGCCCAGAACCCUGAUGGCAGCUGUGGUUACGAUUAUCCGAAGCCGGAUCAGUCCUUCACCUUACCGAAUCGAGUGUCAACAACCACUACCAGACCUACAACGACAACGCGUCGUACAACGGCCACUACACGCAGGACGACACCGGCCCAGGAGUAUCUCCCACCGACAACCACCACUCGCCGACCAACGACGACCACCACUCGACCAACAACAACCACAACCCGUCGUACGACGACCACUACGAGGCCAACCACCACGACUAGGUUGACAACUACCACCCGCCGUACUACAACCCCACCGAGGAUCGUUACGACAACCAAGUGUCCACCAUCAGCGCGGAAUCCCGAUGGAAGCUGUGGCUACGAUUAUCCAAAGCCGGAUCAGUCGUUCACUUUGCCCAAUCGGGUGUCUACAACCACGCGAAAGCCAACAACGACCACACGUCGAACGACAACCACUACCCGAAGGACUACACCAGCUCAGGAGUAUCUGCCACCGACUACUACGACUAGGCGAACAACCACCACUACGCGGCCAACGACCACAACUACGCGCCGUACAACGACAACCACGAGGCCAACGACCACAACUCGGUUGACAACUACCACCAGGCGUACAACAACGCCGCCAAGGAUUGUAACCACGACCAAGUGUCCACCUUCAGAGCGGAAUCCCGAUGGAAGCUGUGGCUACGAUUACCCUAAGCCAGAUCAGUCCUUUACUCUACCAAACCGGGUGUCUACAACUACUCCAAGGCCAACUACGACCACACGUCGUACGACGACAACCACUCGAAGAACUACUCCGGCUCAGGAAUAUCUACCGCCUACGACUACGACGAGGCGAACAACGACCACGACCAGGCCAACGACCACAACGCGCCGUACGACGACCACUACACGACCUACGACGACGACAACACGAAGAACCACUCCAGCGCAAGAGUACCUUCCACCGACAACAACUACGAGACGAACGACUACAACCACACGGCCUACUACAACGACCACUCGUCGCACUACAACGACUACUCGGCCAACCACCCGAACCACUCCAAGGGUGGUGACUACAACCAAGUGCCCGCUGUCGGCCCAGAAUCCUGACGGAAGCUGCGGUUAUGACUAUCCAAAGCCGGAUGAGUCUUUCACACUGCCAAAUCGAGUUUCUACGACUACCACACGAAGGCCUACUACGACAACCACAACAACACGCCGCACGACGCCAUCGCAGGAAUAUCUUCCACCAUCGACUACCACGCGGCGUACUACAACGAGGCCACCAACAACGACCACAACGACUACGACCACGCCGCGUCCUACGACCACAAAAACCACCACAACCCGUCGGCCAACAACAACCACGGAGAAGGGAGGAUGCAGCGAAUCGGAGCUGAACGCAGAUGGUACCUGCGGUUACGAGUACCCGAAACCCCCGAACCCUCUCACGCUGCCACCAAAGAUCCCCACCGUGCGACCGACGACAGCUCCCGAGUACCUUCCGCCGGAGGUGUCAACCGGCUACUCCUACCCGAAGCCGGCCGUUCCUUUCAACUUCUAG